AUGUCGUCCCUUCCUCUCAAUGAUAAAGCUCUCCUUGCUGGGAUUAACUGGCACAUGCAUUUUCUCAACAAUGGGACUUUCGACUCAGAUCUCGGUUGGGAUUCAGAUCUCGGUUCCGAUUUCGAUUCGGAUUCUGGAAGGACUGUCAAACCACGCGACCUCUUUUUCAAUGUGAAUACGAUUCAGAAAACUGUUGAAAAGGAUACGAAAGCUUGCUGUCCUGAUGCUGCUCGUCGUUUGAUGCCGACACGUCGAGAAGGAAGAUGCAGCGCUUACAAAAUGCACCCGGGAUUCUUUGCCGAAAAGUUCCAUUACGAUUUCACGAAGAUUUUGAUUGAUCAGCAAUCAUUCUCUCGUGGCGGAGCUCAUUACAUUCGCCCACUUGGGUCAAUGCGUUAUGCUCUCGAUGUUCUUGACAAAUAUGGGGACAAUGCCUGGCUCGGAUACGUAGGGCGCCAAAGUGCGAACGGCUCUAUUGAUGGCGAAUGGCCAGUUGCUUAUCAUGGAACAACGGAUCCGCGUGCUGCUGAAAUUGUUCGUAGUGGUGGACUUGAUUUGGGGAAAGGAAAUCGCUUUACUUUUGGUUAUGGCAUUUACUGCACACCAGACCCAAAGACUGCGCUCUAUUAUGCAUCUCCUUACGAACAUAAUGGAAAAAGCUACAAGUUGAUCGUUCAGGCUCGUGUCGAUCCAUCUCAUCGUGAAAUUGUGCCCAAAUGGCGUCACAAGUUGCUUUUCCCAACACUCUCAUCAUUACCGGUUUUGAUGGUCUACUAUGUACAAGGCAGCUCGACUACGAUUGUUGUGCCGAAGAUUGCUCGUUCCAUUGUUUCAUUUCUUGGAUUUGAGAUGACAACUUCCCUUGACAUCAAUUUAAGUUAUUAUUGUUAUUGUUAUUUGAUGCAU